GCCUUACCCAGUUUGGUUGAUAGAUGUUAUACGUCAAAAUCAAUAGCAAGUUAUUCGGCUUGUUAUACUCUGAAAUCACUCAUGUUGAGAAGACAGCGGACAGCUCCUCUCGAAUACUAUGAUUUAUGUAGAGACGAACUGGGUGAAGACUCUUCACAAAUUAACACAGCAGAGAAUAAAGGGCUAGAAAUGAAAUUCACAAGUUCGUCAGAUGACUUGCAUCGUCUUAAGAGAAGAAUUGUUGAACAGAGUGAUAGUGAAAAACUGUCGCACAAAGCAAAGCUUUCUCUUUCUAUAGCAAGCCAACUAAUUGGAAAACGACUCUCCUCGUCUCGACAGCUACUUGCUGCUGGGCAGGUGUGGAAACAUACAGUUCCCAGCCAUGACUGUGAUAUUGUUAUGACUUUUCCCACAAAUGCCAGUGAAUCUACACUGGUGUGGCUAUUGACAAAACUGAAAACAUGUGUACCAGAUAUUUCUGUUGAAGUUCGCCAUCAUCGGUACUCUGGAGUGUAUGUGUUUUACUUCACUGCUCCUUAUGAAAAUCUGUUAAAAGGUGCCGAACAGUUGAAGUUACGCAAACAGCUUAAACCUGUGUUUGGAGGAGGCAUGAAAGAAUUUGUGUUUGAAGAACAAGAUUUCUUUGAGAAUGUGGAAGAUUCUGUUAACUUCUUUAGUUCACAAGAGAGACAGAGCAUCAUUUUGCAUUUUAUCUAUAGUCUAAGAGCAGAAAAGGGGGACCAUUUUCAUAAUAUUCAGUUUGUAGAAGGACAGUCAAUCAUUCCUAAGUGUCUAGCCACAGGAAUUGUCAGCCAGGUUUUACCAUUGCACAAUGGUGAAACUUUGACGAAGCUGAAGAAAACUUGGGUUCAAGCUUUCUUCCGGUAUCAGCCAUUGGAUGACGUUUGUGGUUAUUUUGGAGUGAAAAUAGCAAUAUAUUUUGCCUGGCUAGGUCAUUACACCAAAGCUCUUACGAUCCCCGCUGCUUUUGGUUUUUUUUUGUGGAUGUGUUAUUAUGGACAGGACCAGGCCAGUGAAGAUCUUUGUUUUGUAGUGUUUGCUCUAUUUAAUGUUCUCUGGGCAACAUUGUAUCUCGAAUUGUGGAAACGUACAUGUGCAGAACAUGCGUAUUGUUGGGGUACUUUAGACAGCCAGAGUGAGCUGCUUUUGGAGCCACGCCCCCUCUUCUUGGGUCCGCUUCAACAGAGUAAGGUAACUGGGAGGCUGGAGCCCACUUAUCCUGCCUGGAAACGUAACCUCUUCAGAUACUGUGUUAGCCUACCAAUCAUUGCUUUCUUCUUACUUGUAGUGUUCGUAGUGAUGUUCCUUAUUUUUGAACUACAGACUUGGUGGGACAAGAAGAUCAGACAAUUUGAUUACCCAUUUUGGCUAACUUUUCUACCCAAGAUAUUCUUAGCUUUAGUCAUCAAUGUGCUUGAUUCUGUCUAUUAUCGCAUAGCACAUUGGUUGAAUGACAAAGAAAACUAUAGGCUAGAAGAAACCUUCCAGAAUCAUCUCAUUAUCAAAUUAGUUCUGUUCCAGUUCUUCAACUCCUUUCUUUCACUCUUCUACAUCGCUUUUUAUCUGCAAGAUAUGGAGAAGUUAAAGGAGCAAUUGGCAGUUUUGCUUAUCACGAGACAAGUGGUGGGAAACAUCAAAGAAUCCCUUCUCCCUUUCCUCUCCGAAUCUUUGAAACUUGCCAAACUUGGAGCAAGAUCCGUGUCAACACCCAAGACGAACGAGCAGAAAACAAUUCCCGAGACGAGAAGCCUAAAAACAGAUGAACAUGAGGUUUCAGACGGAUACACCCAGGAAGAUGAGAAAAGUGAAGUUUCAUUAAAGAAUAAGCUCACUCAAGCUGAAGUGGAAAGUUCUAUGUACAAGUAUGAAGGCACUUUUGAAGAUUAUCUGGAGAUGUUCAUCCAGUUUGGAUACGUCGUUUUAUUCAGUUCAGCUUUCCCCUUGGCAGCCUUCUGUGCUCUUCUCAACAACGUCAUAGAAAUACGUAGUGAUGCUUUUAAACUGUGCAUGAUCUUUCAACGGCCAUUUGGACAGCGGUGUGAAAACAUCGGAAGCUGGCAAGAUGCUAUGGAACUGAUGGGAGUGAUAGCAGUAAUAGUUAACUGUGCACUGAUUGGUAUGUCUGGUCAAGUUCAAAGAAUGUUUCCUUCUAUGUCCACUAGUGGUACCAUAAUGCUGAUAAUUGUAUUAGAGCAUAUUAUCCUAGCUUUGAAGUUUGGUAUAGCCUAUGCUAUACCCGAUGUUCCACACUGGGUAGCAACAGAGAUGGCCAAAGUAGAGUUCCAGCGCCGAGAAGCUAGCAAGCGACUACAGAGCUCAGCAGCCCUUCCAGAUAAAGAUCAGGCUGAAAAUUUGUUAAGGUCUAGCAGUGUUCCAGAAUCUGAUGAAGAAAGAGCUACUUCAGCUCAGGAAAUAGUGGAUCUUUCUCAGUCAGCCGUCUCCAGUCAGACAAUAAUUCAACAGGAUCACAAAUACACGAACACGGUCCAGCCAAAUGUUGAGGAUGCCACUUGUCAGACAGAUUUCUUGAUAAGCCAGAGUGUACAAACUGUUCUAGAGAAACGUAGAACUGUAACUUUCUGUGGAGAUGGUCAUUCAGAAAAGGUAGCUGACGAUGGUGAGAAAACAACCGGUCCUGUAAGUGCGUUGCUUUCUAAUGAUUCUGAAAGUGAUCACAACCACAAGGAUGUUGAGGAGAAGGAUCAAAAAGCAAGUUUACAUCAAGAAGUGGAUGAGAAGGAGAAAAGUGUUGAUGAUUCCCAGCUUUCGAGUACGCAUACCUUAUCUCACAGAACAAAAGUUACCAGAGCUCCUCCCCCUUGUGGACCAGAGCUACAACCUGGAUCUCCUGUUCUUCUUGUCAAGAGGAAAGAAAAAUUAGGCAAAAAGGAAAACAUAAGUUCCGAUUCUUCCAUAACAUCUCAACAAAAAAAUGUAGAGUUGGAAGAACUGCCUGUCUUGCCUCCAGAAACUCAGGAAACGCAAGGUAAAGAAAAGUCUGGUCGUCAUAAGUUUAGUCUGUCCCAUCUUCGUCUUAUAAAGAAGUCAGAAUCACAGGACUCUGACUCCUCAUCUCCUUCGCCAUCCACUGGUCCAUCAGUUGGUGAAAAAACCCACAGCAGCCCCAGCAAAAUUGUGAAUGGAAGGAAAUCAUUAAAAUUUCCAUCACUUAAAAGAAAAAAGCAACCUUUGCCACACUCAUCUUCUCUUGAUGUACAUGGCACUUGGACCACUGGCCAUUCUGAACAAGAUCCUGACAUCUCGGGGCCCCUCAGAGUUUCUUCCCCCAAGGAUAAUAAGACUUUUGUUUUUCCAAGUGACAGAGAUGGAAAGUCUGAAGCUGUUAAAUUAUCAUAAUUCAUUGAGAUCAAGUGAACCGACAGUUCUUAAUUACAUCCUGGCUUAAGAUGACAAUCAUGUGAAAGGUAAUUGAGGGGUCCAACUUUUAAUGUAUGUGGUUUUAUCUCACACUUUUAUAUUCCUGAAAUUAUUGAUGCAUUGUGGGGACAUAUCUGUUUUUUUCUGUAUGUGAAAUAGAAUUUAGAAAAACUUCAAAAUCUUUACAUUCAAAGCUUUUCUUUUCAAAACAAAUGGUGACCUAGAUCAAAUUUUACCAUUACAUAUUUGUGAUGUGGUUUUAACUUUGUUUCAUUCUAUCUCUUCGGUCAAUGGAUGUUGUAAAGUUCUUUCCUCGUGAGUACAACUGUACAAGAAUGAACAGAUAUUUUCAAGUUUUGCCACUAAUUGUUACACAUACCUUGACAAUGUAACGUGUAUUUAUAGCUGUGUUGAAUUCUUGUUUCAACUUGUUUGUGAUUAUGUCUGAAUUUCAGAUUAAGUGAAACAGGGCCUCGAGUUUAACUUAUUAAUAACAUAGUUUGUUUCGUGCUGCUCGGCAGCUAAUGAUUGUCUGAUUAAAGUCAGAAAGUGCAGUUCAGGGACCCUGGAGCAAAGAAAUGAUCGGGGGCCUCUUUUUUUCAGAAGAUGAGACCAGACCAGGGUUGCAGGCUCCAGGGCAUUGCCCCACUCUAGUUCCACCUCUGUGUUGUUGUUGUUAUUUAGUAAAAGCUAUAAAUAGUUGAUUAUGGUGAAAUUGCAUUAAAAGUAUUAAAUAUUCUCUUAAAUGUUAUUGUUUUAAGUCAUUUUUUCCUUAUAUAAUAGUUGCAUAAAUUUAAAUUUUGCCACAUAAUGAAUGCAUAAUUUUUAUAUUUUCUUAGUCACUGUGUAAAUCAGCAAUCUUAUGGUGCAUAAGAUUUCUUUUGAUACAUAAAAAAAAAAAACAAGGCCCUGACGUGGUUUGGAUGCUUACGUUAAAAGCUUUUUGGUUUUUGAAUUUUUAGUGUUUAUUUUACGUGUCUAUAUCCUUAACACAUAUUACAGUGUUAAGUUGUAAAACUAACACUUCAGUGUUUGUAAUGUAAUUUGAAGAAUAUGAAUUCUUUGGUAACUAAUCCAAAUUAUAAACAUCUUAACCAAUUGUGGAGGUUUUUGCUACCAGUCAAUGGAAGAGAGUUUGUUGAAAUUAUUUUAUAAUUCAGGUGUUAAAUAAAUAUAACUAUUGUUCACAGUU